AUGCCAUCGGGUCUUCUCAUCACUGCGCUCGCAACGGCAGCAGCGAGCGCCUACGACGUCCGGUCGGACCCGCGCUUCCUCGGCGUCACCACCCGCGCCGUCAACGUCUCGACCUUUACCACCGACUGCCCCAAUGUGACGUUUGCGCCCGAGCUCGGCGUGUACGUCGUGCCGGAGCAGCCCUCGUGCAUCGUGUACCCCAACGGCACGGUGUGGCGCGGCGCCAACAAGACCGACCUUUUCCAGACGUCGUCGUCGAGAAACUUUACGACGGGCAACUUGAAGAAUGCGAUUUGGGGCGGCGUCGACAUCGCGUACCUCGAGUAUCUGCCCAACAACGUACCCAUCGUCGCGCUCCAAAAUGUCGGCCUCGAGCGAAUCAACCAGACCCUGGUGAAGGACAAGGGCAACGUGUCGCUCGGCGUCGUCUCGCUGUAUCUGAACAACAACAGCCUCACGACUGCUUCCAUGGAUGUGGGCCCGAACCUCCAAGAACUCUACUUCUCCGGCAAUGCCAUCUCGACGGUGCAGCUCCGCGGCGACGGUCUGCGUAAAGUGAACCUGGACUCGAACGCGUUGACGCGCCAAAGCUUCACGACGACGUCUGUGCCAGAAACCGUCACCGACCUCUCCUUGCGCCACAACCCGCUCGGGGCCGUGCCCACCGAGGUGUUGGUGCCAUCGCUCACGUCGCUCGGAUUGGCCAACACGUCGCUCACGUCACUCGACGGCAUCGAGUGGCCGCCCACGCUCUCCACCUUGUUUCUCGAAAACAACAGCAUUUCCGAAAUCCGAGCGAACUUUCCAUCGAGCUUGUCCACCUUGUGGCUACGCGGCAACCCCAUCUCGGCGUUUUACGCCAGUGCGUCUCAGUUUGCGCUGCUCAACGAAUCCCUCGACGAGGCGCGCAUCCCGCCAGGCUACGAGCACCUCCGGCGUUACUACGGAAACAAGACGGUGAAGUUUCCCAUCUUCACCACCAUCUCGGCCAGUGGCUGCCGCGGACACUUUCGUGUCCAGCUCCUUCUCAACAAGUACCCGAUUUGCGUGACCCAUGAAGACCAUGAGCACCAUGGCCGCAUGCACCUGAGCGUACCGGUGCUCGUGCUCCUGAUCGUGCUGGCGGUCGUUCUAACCGCCGCCGGUGUCUGCUGCUGCGUUCGGAAGCGCGACCGACGCCGGCUCGCCACCAAGUGGUACGACGACGACGACGACGCCAACUUUUUCGCGCUCGCCGACUCGACGCGGCUCUACUACGACGUCCGCUUUGACGAGGCGCUCAAGGACUACCGGAUUCCCGUCGACGACCUUGUGCGCGAUGUCGUGAUUGCCAAAGGCGGCUUUGGCGUCGUGUACAAGGCCACGCUCCGGCAGACGACGCCGGUCGCGAUGAAGCGCAUGCUGCCCGCCGUGCUCGACAGCCCGCAAGCGAUCGAUGAGUUCAUGCACGAGAUUCGACUCUACGCGCAGCUCCAGCACCCGAAAGUGGUCCAGUUUAUCGGCAUCGCGUGGUCGACGCUCGCCAACAUCUCGAUGGUCACCGAGUUUAUGCCCCACGGCGACGCGUGGUCGCUGAUCGAGGCCAACAAGGACGUGGUGACGUCGUGGUUCGAAGCCAUGGUCGCCGGUGGCCAGACGAAUGCGAUCAACUCCGUGUCCCGGCGGCGCACAGCGUCCUCGUCGACGGCCGACGCGUCGUAUGUGGUCACGGUGCCAAGCUCCAACGACUCGAGCGUCCACGCGCUCCCGGGCGCGUCCCGAUUCGCCAUCAUCAGUGACGUCGUCGACGCGAUGGUGUACUUGCACAGCUUUUCGACGCCGUUGAUCCACCGCGACAUCAAGGCCCGCAAUGUCCUUCUGGGCGCACACUAUGAAGCCAAGCUCACCGACUUUGGCACGAGCCGACUCCGCGUCGACGAGCUCACGAUGACGGCCGAGAUUGGCACGUCCGCGUGGAUUGCCCCCGAAGUGUUGAAGGGCGUGCGGUACACGGAGAAGGCCGACAUUUACAGCUUUGGGGUGCUCAUGGCCGAGCUCGACACGGGCGUUGUACCGUACUCGACUGUCUACUUGGAGCCGGGCUGCACGCUAGCGCUAGCGCGGGCGCGGAUCGCGAUGCUGGUCGCGAGUGGCGAGCUCUCGCCGACCUUUACAGACGCGUGUCCUUCGGGCAUCGUCGCGAUUGCCCAGCGCUGCCUCGCCCACGACCCGGGCCUCCGGCCGACAGCGGCCGAGCUGGCAGUCUCACUGCGGCAGUACCACCCCGAGAAGCACGGCAGCUUUGACGCGCUUCUGGAGCCGUGCCACGAGUCGAUCGAGCCGAGGCGCUCGUCCGUUGUCGAUGCCGUCUAGUGUUGUCGUUUCACGUCGUCGUCGUCGUCGUAAUAUUGUAGUAGAGGGAUAGGGUUUCAUUAUUGUCCGA